GCGUUGCGUCCCCCCCACGUGACCGAGCCUGUCUGUCCUCCGCCUCAUCCGGAUCUCUUUGUUGUGUGUCUGCAGCUCGCCGCCUCUCUUCACGCAGCGCGUCUCCGCCGGACCCCCGAGCGGCUUCACCCCCCUCCUCACCCCUCCUCACCCCCCCUCACCCCUCGCGACUGCCGGGAGGAGGAGCAGAGCCCGCCCCAGGGACCGCUGUAAGCCGUGUUCACGCAGAGGACGGGCCGGGUGGCGAUGCCUCUUCUCAUCCGGACGGACCGGACCGCCUCGUGAACGCGGAUCCACGCGGGAAAGAAGCGCGUUCCGGUUCUGAGGCGGCUCACCGGGACCCACGCGCCUGCACGAGCACCUGGAUCUAGGGAGGGGAGGGGGACCGGGCGUCAUCGCAUCAUGGUGGCGGGCCCGGGGGGGUGUCCCGGCGGGGCGGCCCGGCUCCUGCUGUCCGCGUGCCUCCUGAACGCGCUGCUCUACCUGCCGGCGGCUCGUGCGUCGCACCCCGCGCACAGCGGGGAGUGCAAAGGCAAAGGGAAGGACUGCACAGAUCUGUCGGAGAAGAAGAGCGACCUGAGGGUCUGCGACGAGUCCACCUGCCGAUUCUCCGGCGCGUGCAGAGACGACGGAGCUCAGCUCAAAUGCGUCUGCCAGUUCCAGUGUCACAAGAACUACGUCCCGGUGUGCGGCUCCAACGGAGACACCUACCAGAACGAGUGCUACCGCCGGCAGGCGUCCUGCAAGCAGCAGAGAGCCAUCCUGCGCGUGUCCGACGGCCCCUGCUCAGCCGAUCCCGGCUCCGGUUCUGGAGACGGAUACGACGACGAGGGUUCAGGCUCCGACGUCGGGAAGAAGUUCACCAAGUGCAGCACCUGUAAAUACGGAGCGGAGUGCGACGAGGACUCUGAGGACGUCUGGUGCAUCUGUAACAUCGACUGCAGCGGCCACAACGAGAACCCGGUGUGCGCCACCGACGGGAACUCCUACAACAACCCCUGUCUGGUCCGAGAGGCGUCGUGCAUGAAGCAGGAGCAGAUCGACGUCAAACACCUGGGCCCGUGCCCCGCUGAUAAAGACAAACCGGGGAAGAAGGACGACAGCAGUCCUUUCAAGGUCAACGUCUUAGAGACCACCGGUCUGGACCACGGUGACGGGUUCUACGCCGGGAGGCCGAUCCCCUGCUCUGAGAGCUACGCCGGCUACUGUGUCCACGGCAAGUGUGAAAUGAAGUACAGCACGGCCAGCUGCAGGUGUGACGCCGGCUACAGGGGCGCUCAGUGUGACGAGCCUCAGGACUUCAACAUCCUGUACGUGGUGCCCAGCGGACAGAAGCUCCACUACGUCCUCAUCGCCGCCAUCAUAGGCGCCGUGCAGAUCGCCAUCAUCGUCGCCGUGGUGAUGUGCAUCACAAGGAAAUGUCCUAAAAACCAGCGGGGGGGUCGCCGGCAGAAGCAGAACCUGGGACACUUUUCCUCGGACCCCGGCUCCCGGAUGGUAUAGCCCGCUUCCUUUUGAUAAGUUCUUUCUUACGUCGUGGGAAGGAAAAGCAUUUUUUUUAACGGUAGAUUUGGUGUAUUGGUUUUUUUUUCCUCACCCGGGAAACCGUUAGGACAGAAGAAUGAUGGUGUUUAUUUAAGGGGCCUUAUUUUCCCUCCUCUUUCCCGUUUUUGGAUGGAAAGUAUUUCCUUUCUCUCUGAGCGAGCCGUCGCUCUCCGUCCUUAAAUGCUUCCUCGUGGAUAUCAGCCCCUCUGGAAUGUGCUGAACUGGGAAUUUAUUGAGCUUUUUGUUCUCUACUAAUGUCGUGCAGCUGAUCCCCAAAUGCCGCCUGCUGAGUUGCCGUAGCAGGUGAGGGGGGGCAUCGACGGGUAGACAUGGUCACUCUGUGUUCAUUCUGUCAAUCAGAAGCACUUUUUACUUCCAUGUUUACGAUGAUCUCGUUUCUAAACUGUUUACGUAGUAGUUCCUGUAUAUUGGCAUGACUUGUGACUGUGUAUUGUGAUGUAGUUUUAACUGGGGGGGGGGGGUAGUAGGUAGUGGCUGAUUGUCUUUGCAGCAACAACGAACGAAGGAGGCAAAGAAGCAUCAGCUGCAAAAUGUCAACUUGAUAUGAUGUUUUCAUGUGGAUCAUUUUCUUCUGUUGUUAUUACGGUAUUGACACGUGACCGGAUACAGACGUUAGUCUCUAGUUCAUGCAGACGGAUGAAUGCUGGACGUCAACGAUGCCCCCCCCUUAAAAACUGAAACCUCGGAGGCAUUUAAACGUCACAUUGGAAACAAUUUACAUGUAAACUGGGUUUUUUUUGUUGAAAGCUGAUUUGUUCCAACAAUCUGAACGCAUUUCCUCUUAGAGAACGUGACUGUGAUGAACUAUGCACAAACUCUACUGCUGUUGACUCACUUUGCAACUGAAAAAUGACUAAAACUGAGACGACGAGACGAAGGGGUGAAAGGUCAAACUGUUCGUCUCAAGCUUGAAAACCUUUUUCUGGAUGUGUCUGACUUUUGUAUAAAUUACGACCUUUUAACUGUCUGUCAUUACAACUGGAAAAAAAGAAAAGCAAGUAGAACAAAACCCUCUAAAUGGUUUGAGAUGAUCGAACCAACCAAAGGAUCGAUGCAGCGUAGCCAGACCAUGACGGAGGAACGGAGCUGGUGGCGCCAGUGACGAUGGAACGUGAAGACGUGAAGACCACAGGAAGUAGGUGAAGACGACAGGAAGUAGGCAACGAUGUCUCGUCCUAGCUAAUGACAAAGGGGGCGAAGGUGACUAACAGGACAGAAUAUGAGGACAGGAAGCAGGCGAUGAGGACAGGAAGCAGGUGAUGAGAACAGGAAGUAAGCGAUGAGGACAGGAAGCAGGCGAUGAGGACAGGAAGCAGGCGAUGAGGACAGGAAGUAAGCGUUGUGAAAGCAAAACUAACCGGAUCAAAAUGUCACAAACACCCAGAACGUUGGCCGUGACUUCGUGGUUUUAGAAGGUCGUAGGAAUGUAAAGCGAAGCUACAGCGGAUCGUUGCAUCCGUUUGGGGGCGACGAAGGGACGUUUAGAACUGGGAAAGUCUGGUCCAAAAUCAUUUAAUUUCAAAGGAAUCAUCAGAAUAGAGAUCAGCUGUGGUCGUUUACACUGUGACCGACGGAUCCGACAGUCAGCUGCCACCGGGGGGGGGGUCAGGGGUCGGGGGUCGGGGGUCGUCUCUUUUUUGUUUUCCUGUAACGUCUUAGUGUAAAAGGGUCGUAGCAGCGUGUUUCUACUUGUCGACCAUCGCAGCCGUGACUCCUCUCAAUGUGACUAGAAUGUGUUUGACAUGUUGCUAUUCUGCAUGUAGACUCUGGAGGCGGUUUUUGGUCUCUGCAAAAUAAAAAGGAAAUGUUUUUUUAAUGUACA